UUAACAAAAAUAAAUUAAAAAUGAUGUCGCCAAAGCCACUAUCUGAAGAUCGAGGAUCUCCUCAUUUCAGGCAUACACCAUUACAAAUAAUCCAUGUUAUCGGAAACUUCUUGAGGAUAUGGUCAGUUUACUCCAUGUAUCGCUAUUUGUCUCAAACGGGAGCGUCAGUAACACUUUUUAUCUUCUGCUGUCUGGUGCCUUCAUCCAUCCUAUUUUUGAUGUUGCAAAAGCCUUGGAAGGGAAGACCACUCUCAAAUACACAGGUAGUGCCUUCUGUAAUUAAUGGUGGCAUAACAGCUUUGUACUUCAUUUUGUGGGGAAAGGGUCUCAAAGCAUGUGGACCAGUUAGAGCUAUAUUGGGAGAGUAUUCUGGUGCUGUUCUUGGAGUAUUAUCUGGAGUAUUAUAUGGACGGAGAGUCCAUGUCUGGAAAAAGGUUGGUGGGCUUAUUGCAAUGUUGGCAUCUUACUACUUAUUAUCUCAAGGCUGGGCCAUGGCAACCUUUUCUCCACUUUCAUUCAAGGAUAGCCUUGAUACAGAGGUUCCGACUGAACAAGUAUUGGGUAUGAAAGAAAUGGCAGUUCCCAUCUUUGCUGGAAUCUUGUCAGGAUUGAGAAGGGUGCUUGCACGGCGUGUUUCACUCAAGAAUCAACUCAAGAGGCGACUUCAUGCUAUAACUAUAGCUGCUGCAACAUGUUUUCUGUUUCCUGUGGCCAUGUGGGACUUGAUCAUAGGGUCAGCAUCCAGUAGCAGCGUAGAGUUGCCAUUUUCUGCAUGGGCUUUUCUGAGCGCUACCCUCUUUGGGGUUAUCCUGAUAUUCUAUGUUGACAGUAUUGCAGAGGAGAGGUUGCACAUGGUUUUCUCGUCUCCAAGGCAUUUAAUGGUGGCUGGGGGAUGCAUUAUUGUCAUGGAGAUAGUGUACAAAAUGGACUUCUCUCAGCUAGGCUUCAUGAUUUGCUCCUCAAUAUUGGGCUUUGGGAUCUAUGAGGCGACAUCUUUGGAACGAAGUAGGAAAGAUUCCUUUCAAAAGUCAGAUCAAUCUAAUGGAAUUUUAGAGGAUGACCUUCAGAUGACUUCGCUUCCGACUUAAGAGGGGAGCACAUGGGAAAGUUAAAUGAAAUGUAUUGGCAGCUGGAAUUUGAGUCUCCUCUCUACCGACUGACAUGCUCUCUCUGUGCAAAAUUGCAGCUUGGAGUAUAUCGAACACACAAGCAAUUUUGUUUCACAGCAUUUCUUUCAGAGAUGUUGAUUUCAUCCCCACGUUAUGGGGUAAUUUACACUGCUCAUUCAGGAACUCUCAGCUAAAUUCUUUAAUGUGAAAAUGAUAGGUGACUCUAGGAAACUUACAAACAAAUGGUUAAUAGUUGAAACCUUCCAUGAUAUGGCAUGGAAUAUUAAGAGACUUGUGAGAAAAUUAGACUGUAAAAUUCUCCCAUAUGUUAUCUAUUGUUGAUAGUUGAUUCUUGUCAAACUUGUGAGAGGUUUUGGAGGUAAUUUUACUGUA